AUGUCUGAAAUUCAACCUUUACAAGUAAAGAGUGGAAAUACAGAUGUAACUCUCUCUUUAAAAGAUGAUAAUUUUUCGAUUGCGAAAUAUGGUAAACUGAUCAGCAUUCCAUCCCGAAACAUUCUCGACGUUUCCUUAAAAACGUUAGAAUCAUCGACUUCCACUAACGUUAUUAUUCAUGCUCUCGUCGGAGUUAAGAAGUUAUGUUUGAAAAGUUUCGACUUUGUUCCAGUAGAUAUGGAACUCGCUGCUUCGUGGACAAAAUCGGUUAAAAAUGCCGUAUAUAAAAAUGCGAAACCCUCGAAGCAUUUAAAAAUAUUUAUUAAUCCUUUUAGUGGCACAGGCAAAGCAAGCAAAGUUUUUGAUAAUGAAAUCAAACCUAUAUUUGACGCUGCUGGUUGCACGUAUGAUAUCACAAUUACUAAGUAUAUAAAUAAUGCAAGAGAAAUCAUGCAAACAAUUGACUUGAAACCUUUUGAUGUCAUUGUCGGAAUUAGCGGAGAUGGAAUUAUUCAUGAAAUUAUAAAUGGGCUUUUAGUGCGUGAAAAUAUAAAUGAUGCAACAAUUCCAAUUGGUGUGAUUCCUGCAGGUUCUGGAAAUGCUUUAAACAUUUGCUUACAAGGAGAAGCUGUCUAUAAAAGUCUUCAACAUUCUGCUCUUACUAUAAUUAAGGGUGUGCCUAUGAAAAUUGACAUGUGUUCUAUUACUCAAGGUGACAAACGCUACUUUUCUUUUAUGUCUCAAACUUAUGGCGUUAUUGCAGAUUCCAUCUUUGAAGGUCGUCGAUACAGCUGUGAACUUGCCAUAAAAAUUGCAGAGUCUAAUAAAGAAAUUAUUAGGGAUACAUAUAGAAAAGAAUAUAAUUCAGAUAGAAAUAGUGUUCCAAUGUCCCGCGAUAAUAAAUAUGGUACCGUAAACGAUCCAAUUCCAGAUGAUUGGACUAUUUUAACCGAUGAUGUAUCUACAAUUCUUGGUGGUAAAGUUCCAUGGAUAGGUAAAGGCACAAUUCCGUUUCCUUAUGCUUUACCAAACGAUGGACUUAUAGACUUGGUAGUCGCUCGACGGGAUAAACUGUCAAGAAUUAAAUCAUUCAACUUUAUGACUGAAAUGGAAGUUGGAAAUCAUAUUAAGAUGAAAGAAAUUGAUUAUUACAAGGUUGAAGCUUUCAGAUUAACUCCAAAAAGCAGUAAGGAUGGAUAUAUAAGCAUAGAUGGUGAAAAAGUAGAUUUUGCUCCUUUUCAAGUUGAAGCUCUUCCACAAUUAAUAAAUAUUCUUAGUAUUGAUGGAAAAUAUCAAUAUGAUUUUGUUAUACAAUGA